AUGGUGCCUGUUGGUGUACGUUCUAUCAGGAAAUCAUAUCAUGGGGAGGAUAAUUACGUGUCAGCAAAAUUCAGUCUUCCUGAGGAUUACGAGGGAAUUGUUCGUUGCCCAAACGACACCAAAUAUUACACUCAAAUAAUUAAAAUUCGCGGCCGUGAUCCUUCAAACCCGAAAUGUAAGGUUUUGCCCAUUGAGAACGCAGUUUAUCUGAGUGACGUGAAUAACAACUCCUCCGAGAUACAACUCUACAGAGAGUUUGCCAACGGCACCUUCAUUUACUUCCACUGUCGCGGUGAUCGAACAAGUUACAGAAUACAUUGCUUGGAAGGUUUUUGGAAACCGACUCCCAGGUGUCCACCAGAACCACCUCACCCAGAUGUGGGCGUGCAGCGUGGCGGCGGCCAUGACACGACCGCUUACAGGGCAAGCGAAGAUCCAUACGAGAUCGGCAGCUCCGCUAAAAGCCCGCCACUCAGGAGUUGCAAGUUUCCAGAACGUCAAAUGUCUCUCUAUGCGGCCAAUGGAAACGUCCGCGUUCUUCCGAACGACAACGUCGCUCAUGGUACGGUGCUUCGCUUCCACUGUAGGCCCCUGGGCCAAAUAAGGCUCGUGGGGAACGAAUCGUCCCAGUGCAUCAACGGCAGGUGGAGCAACGAGGUGCCGAACUGCUAUGAGCCAGGCCCAUAUGACGUUGUGAUUCGCCUUAAAGAUACUGCAGGGACAGCCGUGAGUCCGGACGGACACCUUAACAUCGAUCCUCGAUUUGAAGUGGAGAUGGAAUGCGGAAGCCACUAUCAUUUUCCGCGACUAGAGAUGAUUGAGCCGGUAUCCAGCUGGAAGAGGGAAGGGGUUUAG